GUGACGGGAUUAUCCAGGUAAUGAUUUAAUACUCAGGAUAUAUGUGGAAGCCGACAUCCAUUUCAGGACCUGUAAUCCUCAUCACAUCCACCGCCGUCGUGGGGUGAGACAGAGAAAUAGAACACUUGCAGGACACUUCACCUAAUUCCUGUGGACUACCGAGGCUGGCUGACUUGCUCUAUAAUGUAGAUUUGUCCCACAGGGAUUUUAAAGAAAACAAGUCACCAUGGGAGAAGUUCAGAAGGGCUUAUUCUCUGUCAUCCAGAAACUGAAAGGCACCACAGAACAGGAACUACGGAUUGUUCUGCUGGGCUUGGACAAUGCAGGGAAAACAACUUUGCUGAGAAAAUUAGCUUCUGAAGAUGUGAGCACAAUCACACCGACCCAGGGCUUCAAUAUUAAAAGUGUGGCAUCAAAUGGCAUGAAACUGAAUGUGUGGGACAUUGGAGGUCAAAGGAAGAUCCGCCCUUUUUGGAAGAAAUAUUUGGAAGACACCGACGUGCUGAUUUACGUCAUAGACAGUGCCGACAAGAAGAGGUUAGAAGAAACUGGACAGGAGCUGUCAGAUCUUAUAGACGAGGAGAAUCUGAAAGGUGUUCCUGUGUUGAUUUUUGCCAAUAAACAAGACCUUGUCGCCGCCGCUCCAGCGAGUGAAAUUGCUGAAGGACUAAACCUGCACACAUACAGAGACAGGCAGUGGCAGAUCCAGGCCUGCUCAGCCCUUUCAGGAGAAGGCGUGCAAGAUGGCAUGAACUGGAUUUGUAAUAAUAUUGUAGAAAAGAAAAAAUAGGCAAUUCACCCAUGGACUCAGGCUGUCUUCAUGUACACUUUUGUUUUUUUUAUUUUCAUUUUGUUUAAAAAGAUAAUUGAAAAUCCCUUGCUUUUAAGUGCUGCAGUUAUAUUUUGUGUUUUGUUACUACGAACAUUGAAAUUUACCAAAGAAGUUUUAAAGUUCUGCCUUUUUGCUUCCUAUUUUGAAAUACACACUCCUAAGACCGGGGAAUGAAAAUUGCUGUUGGAGCAAAACGUAAUAAUUUAUGACGAGAUCGCAGUGUGCUGAAGAGAAGGAAACUGAAAUGAAGCCUAACCAGCCUGUCAAUUCAGAACGACCAGCCUCUGAUGAUGAAGCAGCGGCCUUUGGUUUGCUCGGCGACAUCUUCAAUGGUGAGCAGUCGAACCAAGCGUUUUGUGAGUGAAUAGAAUGAGACGUGUCACGUAAACUCCUCAUACUGACUCAUAUCAUGAGGGUUUAGAAAGAUGCCAUUUUUGUUUGGCUGGCGCAGUGGUAGUGCUGCUGCCUUGCAGUAA